CACAAACCAACCAGCCACCGAAGCCCCCACUCCCAUUUCCACACACUUUCUCUCUCACAUUCUUCAACAAUGGCAUCUUCCUCUCUCUUCCAAUCUCCCCCUCUCUCCCUCAAACCCCAAAACCCCGCUUCCCGCCACCCUCCAACCAAACCCCAUUUCGCCACCACCAUCAAAUGCGUCUCCACCUCCACCCCUCCUCCCUCCUCCUCCUCCGAGCACCCUCACCACAACAUUCGCGACGAGGCUCGCCGUCACAACACCACCCACUCCCACCACUUCUCCGCCCGUUACGUUCCCUUCAACGCCGACCCAUCUUCCGCCGCCGCCGCCGAGUCCUACUCCCUCGACGAGAUAGUCUACCGGUCCAACUCCGGCGGCCUCCUUGACGUCCAGCACGACAUGGCCGCCCUCAAAAACUACGACGGCAAGUACUGGCGCGACCUCUUCGACUCCCGCGUCGGCAAGACCACCUGGCCCUACGGCUCCGGCGUUUGGAGCAAGAAGGAGUGGGUCCUACCCGAGAUCGACAGCGACGACAUUGUCUCCGCUUUUGAAGGUAACUCCAAUCUCUUCUGGGCUGAGCGUUAUGGCAAACAGAUUCUGGCCAUGAACGAUUUGUGGGUCAAACACUGUGGGAUCAGCCACACUGGAAGUUUUAAGGACUUGGGUAUGACUGUUUUGGUCAGCCAAGUGAACCGGCUGAGGAAAAUGAACCGCCCAGUGGUCGGCGUGGGCUGUGCCUCCACUGGAGACACAUCCGCCGCCUUAUCAGCCUACUGCGCCGCAGCUGGGAUACCAUCGAUUGUGUUUCUACCAGCGAAUCGGAUAUCUCUGGCUCAGCUGGUUCAGCCCAUUGCCAAUGGGGCCUUUGUUCUGAGCAUUGAUACUGAUUUCGAUGGGUGUAUGCAGUUGAUUCGAGAAGUCACAGCGGAGCUGCCGAUUUAUUUGGCUAAUUCUUUGAACAGUUUGAGAUUAGAGGGUCAGAAAACCGCUGCAAUUGAGAUUUUGCAGCAGUUUGAUUGGGAAGUGCCGGAUUGGGUCAUAGUUCCAGGGGGAAAUUUGGGUAACAUAUAUGCUUUCUACAAAGGAUUUCAUAUGUGCAAAGAGUUGGGACUAGUCGAUAGGAUUCCUAGGCUCGUUUGUGCCCAAGCUGCAAAUGCGAACCCGCUGUACUUGCAUUACAAGUCGGGGUGGGAUCAAGAGUUCAAGCCCGUGAAGGCGAACACCACGUUUGCGUCCGCAAUUCAAAUAGGCGAUCCUGUUUCGAUAGACAGAGCCGUGUAUGCGCUGAAGAAGUCGAAUGGGAUUGUGGAGGAAGCCACUGAGCAGGAGUUGAUGGAUGCCAUGGCUCAAGCAGACUCCACCGGCAUGUUCAUAUGCCCUCACACUGGUGUGGCAUUGGCUGCAUUGAUUAAGCUUCGGAACCAAGGGAUCAUAGGCACUAACGACCGGACUGUGGUGGUGAGCACGGCUCACGGGCUGAAAUUCACGCAGUCGAAGAUUGAUUAUCAUUCAAAUGAUAUCAAGGAUUUGGCUUGCAAGUAUGCUAACCCGCCGGUGCAAGUGAAGGCGGAUUUUGGGUCUGUGAUGGAUGUUUUGAAGAAGUACUUGUUGAGCAAGGCGCCGAAGAAUUAGUUGCUGAGUGUGAUCUGCUCAAGUAAUCAUGUAGUCUUAUGUUAUUGUUAUUUGGUUAAUAGGAAUUGGUUGAGUCUUUGUGUUCACUUUUUUUGUUCGGUUCCUCAACGGUUUUAGGUUGAGCAACUAUUUUGGUUUGUUUGUUUGUACAACUCAGGAGAACAAUUCUGAGGCAGCAUCGCCAAUUUUUGUAUGAGUUACUUGUCAUUCGAAUAGUUUUCUUCA